GUGAAAGAACUAGCUGCAAAGUGUGGUGUCAUCCAAGAAAUUCAACUGUUCACUAUGUUGCAUUUCUACCAUGACCUCGGAAACAUCAUCUACUACGGUGAACAGCAUACACCAGGCAGUGCUCUCAAUGACAUCAUCAUCCUGAAUCCUCAUUGGUUAAUAUGUAUCUUUAGGAGAGUGAUCACAGUCAAGGAUCCUUCAGAGCAAUGGGCCAAAUUCAGAAGUUCAUGGGCAAGACUUGAUGAAGAAGGACUCCUGGAAGAGAGACUGAUCCGACACAUGUGGCAUGACUUCCUUGACCAGUUAGAAGGCUUGUUACAGCUGAUGCAGAAGUUUGACUUGCUUUGUGUCAAGGCACAAUCUCCUGAGAUGCCAGCCGUUGUCGGAUCACCCGAGGAAGGGAAUCGUCUCUUCUACGUACCAUCCCUGCUAAAGAAGCAAGAAGAUGAGAUGGUGUGCAUGGACCCGCUGAUGAAGUCCAAAUCAGUGGUCAUCCUGUACAUUGACUUCAAUGGGUUUUUGCCUGAAGGUCUCUUCUACCGACUCACUUUGAGGCUUGUGCAGUGGUCACAGCAUCAGGGAGGCUAUGAACCUAGGCUCUUCUACCAACAGGCCAACCUUUAUGUGGAUGAAUAUCAUGACAUGAUCCUGAGGAUCCUGCCUCAGAAGAGAUCUUGCAUCCAGGUAGCCAUUGUGCGGGCUAAAUCUGUUGGAAGUGAUGAUGAAGAGGAAGAGGAAGAUGAUGUUGAGCCUUGCCCAGAUGUUUGCAAAGUGGUGCUAGCACUCUUGGAGAAUAACCUGCUAAACCUUGGACAUACCUGGAUGAAACGCAUUGACUUUGGCUUCUGCAUCUUGUGUAGUGCUUGCGACAGGGAGAAGAAUCACUUCCAUGAACUCAAGAAAUGCCUGAAAGCAAAGUGUGUUCCUUGUGGGAACCAUCGGCGGAUGAAGACUAAACGGUUCCAACGCUUGUUUGGGGAAUCCGGAGCAAUGCAAGAAAUGCCAAAAUCCCCUGCUGCUCAGGUAAAGCACAAGGUGCCUGUUUUCCUGCGGUCACUAAACGGAGUCUUCAAGGAAAUCUCAUCACCUAUCCUGCCAUUUGACCUUAUGACAGAGAUCUGCGUCCUCCUCGACCCGUUGCACCCACUUUCCAAUGAUUGGCGUGGCCUAGCCUCAAAGCUUGGCUAUGAUCGUUAUAUCAACUACCUGUCCAUGAAACUUAGCCCUACCAUGUGCAUACUGAAUGGGUGGUCUGAGAAAGGCUGGUCAGUUGAGGAUCUUAAGGAGUGUAUGAUGGCCAUGAAACGUCAUGAUGUUGUACACUUGAUUGACAAACAGCUCCCAACCGAAGGUUGAAGAUGGGAGACUCAGCAAUGCAUUGUGCAUUCUCUGUCAGAAGCGUCUGCAUAACAGUAGAAGAAUAUGUACGCUGCAUCAGGGGUGGCGCCAGCAGGUGGGCUGGCUGGGCGUCGGGGAGCCACAAUAAAAUCUGGCAGAGAAAAAUGAACCAUGGUAAGGCUGAGGUGCAGGCCCUAGGUGUAUGAUUGUUGUGAAAAUUUAAGCUGUGAUCUAACCAUGGUCCAUUUUUGCACACCCAAUACCCCCACAUCUUUAACAAUUGUAAGUGGCCCAAGGUGGGUUGGUCCAUCUGAGAGAAAAAAGCUGUAGCACCCUUGUACUAUACCUGGUGCUGCAGUAAUUGGUGCUCCUAAAAUAAUAAUAUUCUUUGUGUAAUAUAUGAAUGAUAUUGAAGUCUUUCACACUAUGAUGGUGAUGUUGAUGCAAAAUUGGACAAAUCUUGUAUAUUGACAUGUAAAUUUUGGCAUUACUAUUUUGUACAUACCAACCACUUUCAAGUCUAUAUUUUUACUUUAUUUUGUAUACUAAUCAAUUAAAUGCUUUUGUGACAAAAUAUAAAUAAACUGCAAUUUGUAAUUUUAUAUAAUUAUAUAAUUUUAUAAUAGAAUGUAUUUUCUUAACAUUACUGUGAUCUUAAACUUUUCGUGAGAGCAGGUAACUUUAAAAGAAUUUCCUAAGGGCCAACAUGUGUUUGCAAUUAAUCCAAUGAGAAAAUUUGAUCCAACAGAUGUCAUAAAUAUUUUGCGUGCUAUGUAAGAUAUGAUUAUAUCUCCAUGAUACGAUACAUCUUCAUUCUCACAACAGUAUACUACAUCUGAGAUAUGGAACCUAAAAUCUCGAAUUAGAAAUAACUAGAAUUAUGUAAAGUUUGUGAAAACAAACAAUAAACUUCAAUAAAUGUUUACAUAUUAAUGAGAUGGAAUAAAUACUAAAGCCCUAUCCAGACUAUGAAAUUUUAUUUGAUAAAAAUAUGUGACGUGCCUAAAUAUGAUGACAUCACAUCAUGACCAUAUAUAGGCACAACAUGACUAAAUAUGGACAUACAACAGUUUUUGUCAAAGAAAAUUUGAUAGUGUGGACAGAGCUUAAUACUACCAGUAUGACUGCUCCCUGAUGCUACUACAAAGAAAAUGAGAUGGAUAUUGGAACUGAAUGUUGGUAGUUUAAUUGUUUUGUGGGCUAUGAUAAUUCUCACGGCUACCUAAAGGUCCAUUAUAUUGCUACUCUUUGUCUUUUGGCUGAAUUGAAUUCAUGUAUGCACCUUUCAGACAAGGCUUUUUGUUGACACUAUCAAAACAAGCCUAAAUCAUUAAGGAAAUAUCCUCCAUGCCUAAAUAUUCUGUGUUCAUAGCCAUUGGAAGCAUCUUGCAACUGGUUUAACGAUAUAUAUAGUGGAUUUAUUGACAUGCAUUAAACUUCUGUGCUUAAAAUAUUUGUAUUGUAUAAUUUUGUAUCCUCUCAUUGGUGAAAUAAAUUACAUUCUUUUACAAA